AUGACGCUAAACGAGUCGAAAUCACCAGGUCCAGACGACAUACCGCCUAAGUUACUGAAGGAGCUCGCUGCCGAACUAGCCAAACCAUUGUCCAUGCUUUUCCAAGCCUCGUUCGAAGCCGGCGGCUUGCCCGCCGACUGGAAAUCUGCGCGGAUCACACCACUGCAUAAAGGAGGCAGCAAGGCCUCUGCAAACAAUUACAGGCCAACUAGCCUCACUUCCAUCUGCUGCAAACUCAUGGAGAAAAUAAUCAAGCGAGAGCUGAUGCGCUUCCUAGAGCAGCAUAAUUUAUUAUCUGAUACGCAGCAUGGGUUUCGUAGUGGCAGGUCUUGCGUGACUAACCUGCUCAACUGUUUGGAACGUUGGACUCGGUCAGUUGAUGAAGGCAGUGCGCUGCAUGUAGUCUAUAUCGACUUUAAAAAGGCAUUUGAUAGUGUCCCACAUCAGCGACUCCUGCACAAACUGAGCCGAACAGGCGUUAGGGGUAACCUCUUAAAAUGGAUUCAAAGCUUCCUGUUAGACCGUUGUCAAACUGUCCAUGUCGGUGGCCAGAAGUCGACGGAGGUUGCCGUUGAAAGCGGUGUUCCCCAAGGCUCAGUUCUUGGCCCUACUUUGUUCAUCAUUUACGUCAACGAUUGCGUGAGUGAACUGGAUUGUGGUGUCGCCAUGUUUGCGGAUGACAUUAAGCUCUGGAGCGUCAUUCGAACUGCAGAUGACGAAGAGCAUCUACAGGCGAACCUAAAUCGACUCCAACAGUGGUCAAAGGCCUGGCUUCUGCCGUUCAACGAGAAAAAGUGUAAUAUUCUACGAGUCGGCAGAGCUCGCUCUCCGAACCAUAUGGCCUACUGCCUAAAUGGUAUACCACUGCAAGAAGUGGACUCGCAGAAGGACUUGGGAGUAUGGAUUACGACCUCGCUCAAACCCUCGCUGCACUGCACGAAGAUAGCCAAGUCUGCAAUGUCAGUCCUCUACCUUGUCAAGCGGGCUUUCUCUGCCUUUGACGAAGACUGCUUCGCUGAAGUCUUUCGAACUUUUGUGCGUCCGCAACUAGAAUUUGCUAUCCAAGCUUGGAGACCCUGGACAGCGAAGGACCUCAGCAUCCUUGAAAGUGUUCAAAGGCGUGCAACGAAACUUGUGGCAGGACAGGGUUCACUACCAUAUGCAACGCGGUUAGCUAACCUUCAUCUCUUUCCCUUGAGUUACAGGCAGUUACGGGGUGACCUGAUACAAGUCUUCCGUAUCAUACGCGGUCAGGACUGCAGCCUCGUACCGGGUGACUUCUUCGACUUAGCAACCACCACAAAUCUACGAGGCCAUCCAUUCAAACUACGUGUGACAGGGGCCAGACUGGACACACGAAAGUUCUUCUUCUCAAACAGAGUGGUAGAAGCCUGGAAUGCCCUGCCUGUGGAUGUCGUUAUGUCUGCUUCCGUCGAGGUUUUUAAGAGGAAGCUGGAUUUGUGUAGCAGUGUGCACUAA